AACAACAAGAAUCUCAGCUACUUUUUGUUUAUGGAAUAUAUCUACUUAUAUAGAGCUUUCUCUUUCUUUAUUUUUCAUUUCUUUGACAUCUAGCAUAGCAUAAGAGCACUUCUCUUUCUUUUCAUCUCUCUUGGUGAGAACUGAAAGAAGAUUUUUCUUAGGUUUUGUGGAGAGUAAAGGGAGUGCUACUGUGAUGGGGAAGGGUUCAAAGAUCAAUUGCAAGUCAGCAUCUCAUAAGCUUUUCAAGGACAAGGCAAAGAACCGUGUUGAUGAUCUUCAAGGGAUGUUCUUGGAUCUGCAGUUUGCUAGGAAAGAAAGCCGCACGGUUGAUGUGGCUGUCCUCGAAGAGCAAGUUCAUCAGAUGCUUCGUGAAUGGAAAUCCGAGCUCAAUGAGCCCUCUCCAGCAUCUUCUUUGCAACAAGGUGGUAGUCUUGGGUCAUUCUCGACAGACAUAUGUAGGCUGCUGCAGCUCUGUGAGGAGGAAGAUGAUGCCACUAGUGCACUAGCAGCACCAAAGCUGGAACCUAAUGAUCAGAGCAUGCAAGGUGGAGAUAAUGUGGUCUUUCAAGAGGAAUAUGCUGUGAAUCAUGGUCAGCAAGAGCAUGCCUUUCCAUUUGUUGAUCAAUGCAAAGACUCCCCUUCGGGAGUUCGUAGCCUGGCGAUUAAUAACAUAGAAGGGGCUGCUCAGUUGGAUUACCAUCAGUUUGAUUUGCCUCAGAGUUUUGAGCAAAACUUCUACACUAGUUUUAAUGGCACAGAUUUGGGUGAAGAGGAUGGUAUGCAUCAUGUUUCUAGCUAUCUGCCAAGCAUGUGUCCUCCGCCCUCUGCAUUCUUGGGCCCAAAAUGUGCCCUUUGGGAUUGUCCAAGGCCUGCUCAAGGAGGGUUGGAAUGGUGUCAGGACUAUUGUAGCAGCUUUCAUCAUUCUCUAGCAUUGAAUGAAGGGCCACCUGGAAUGAGCCCUGUUCUCAGACCUGGUGGAAUUGGCCUGAAAGAUGGUCUUCUAUUUGCUGCCCUUAGUGCAAAGGCUGAAGGAAAAGAUGUUGGUAUCCCGGAAUGUGAGGGAGCUGCAACUGCAAAGUCCCCAUGGAAUGCACCUGAGCUCUUUGAUCUUUCUGUCCUUGAGGGUGAAACAUUAAGGGAAUGGCUCUUUUUUGAUAAGCCUCGCAGAGCAUUUGAAAGUGGGAACAGAAAGCAAAGGUCAUUGCCUGAUUACACUGGCCGUGGUUGGCAUGAAUCAAGGAAGCAAGUUAUGAAUGAAUUUGGAGGGUUGAAGAGAUCAUAUUACAUGGAUCCACAACCACUGAACAAUUUUGAGUGGCAUCUGUACGAAUAUGAAAUCAAUAAGUGUGAUGCUUGUGCUUUAUAUAGAUUGGAAUUGAAGGCUGUUGAUGGAAAGAAGACUGCCAAGGGGAAAAUAGCAAAUGAAUCAGUUGCUGAUCUGCAGAAGCAGAUGGGAAGACUCACCGCCGAGUUCCCCCCUGACAACAAGCGUGCUGUUAAAGGAAGGACUAAAGUGAAUGCCAAGGUCGGUGUUGGAAAUGUUUAUUCAGGCUCAACUCAGGUAGCACCAACCAAUGAAGCAUAUGACUAUGGGCCAGGUCCACAUUAUGAUGAUUAUCUCGUUGAGAAUCUAGAAGGCUACUAUCUGACACAGUACAAGAAACCGUGAUUGAUGAGGAACAAGCACCAUUUAUCUUCUAGUUGCAUUAGCUUAGGAAUUUCGUCGUAGAUUUUCAUCCUAAUAACAUGAGUUGAAGCUCAUUUUUCGACACAGAAUUGUGCAUAGUUCAUUUCCACAUGAGAGUUGCUUCCUGCACUGCUGUUGUGGAAGCUGGAGCAUAUUCUAACUUAUGGAAGGUGAAACAAAAUGGCUUUUUUCCCCCAGAACAUUUCUAUACAACUGAUAUGGUAUGCUGAUUCACUCUGGAGAGCAGAAGACCACUAGAAUAGCAAGCGGUGGAUGAAAACAAUUGCUAAUAUGCUUUACAGACAUUUUUUGGGGUUUUCAAGUCUUUAUGUAACUAUUUGCUGCUGGUAUCUUGCUGUUGGAAAAUAUGUUUUUAUUAAGACUGUCCUGUCCUCGAGGACCUCGACUAUAUGAUAUUUGUCUCUUUCGGGAAUUUGUAAAUAUUAUUUGAAUACUACAAGCCUUGUUUGCAA